AUGGCAGUGUCCACCACCAAAGCCCCCCCAGCCCUAGUCAACGAGUACCAGAUCGUCCAUCUCAUAUACUACCGCAGUCGCAACCAGCACCGAAUAAGUACAUGGUGGAAAUACUUCUCGAUCCUACACCGCAAGCUCCGGUGGGUGGUGGAUAAUCCUGAGGAUGGCGUGACUAUCCGCUACCUCCGCAAGCGGCUAUUGCCUAAAUGCUACUGGGAGUUUAACCUGAUGGUUGCCCUUGGCCAGUUUAUCAACUUGGGGAUCGCUCUAAUCGGGGUGGUGGCGAAAGUGGACGCUUUACUCGCCGAAUUAGAGCCUCAGGCUAAGUUUCCUAAAACCACUCGCAAAGUUCCGACGGUGGCGCGCGUCGAUACAGUUUCCGGCGCCGGCAGCGCCGACAGCACUGUCGACAUGAGUGCCAUCGCCGCCAUCACCGACACCUUCGCAACCACCAAGGCCAAAUCGAGCAAAAAGGACAAGAAAGACAAGAAAAAGAAGAAAAAGGCUAAGCUGGCCAUCGACGAUAUCUUUGGCAGUUAA